AUGUCCUCCAUGCGCAACGCCGUCCAACGCCGCCAGCACCGCGAGCGAGGCCAACUCCAAGGCCGUGAAAAAUGGGGUAUUCUCGAAAAGCACAAGGACUACUCCCUCCGCGCAAAAGACUACGCCAAGAAAAAAGCCCAACUCAAGCGUCUGGAAGAAAAAGCGCGCGACCGCAACGAAGAUGAAUUCGCCUUCGGGAUGAUGUCGUCGCACUCGGGGACAAAGGGGAAACACGGACAUGGGAUGCGGGAUUCAGCGACGUCGAGGGGGUUGAACCAUGAUGCGAUCAAGUUGCUCAAGACGCAGGAUGCGGGGUACCUUCGGACGGUUGGGGAGAGGGUUCGACGGGAGAUGGAGAAGGUUAAGGAGGAGGUUAGGGUUCAGGAAGGGAUUAGAGGGGUUCUUGGUGGUCGUGAGAGUGAAGGAGAUGAAGAGGAGGAUGAUGAGGAUGAUUGGGAUGGGUUUGGGGCUGUGGAGAAGAAGCCGAAGAAGUUGGUUUUUGCAGAUGACAGGGACAGCCAGAAGGCUUUGAAGAGGACGUUGCAAGAGGAGGAAGAUAAGGAAGACGAGGAGGAUGGAGAUGACUCGUUUGGUGCUCGUGUGCGAGAGCAGCAGAAGAAGCAAAAGACUCGGAAAGAGCUGGAGGCUGAGAAGCAGGCUUUGAACGACGCGCGGCGAGCACGGAAGCUGAAGAAGAGGGCCGACGAGACGAGAAAGAACAAGUUGAAGGCGUUGGAGAAGCAAUUUGCCGACAUCACAGCCGCUGAGCGUGCAUUGGACUUGCAACGGGCGAAGAUGUCCAACUCGAUCGGAGGCGUUAACAAGAACGGCAUGAAGUUCAAGAUCAAGGAGCGGAAGCGGUGA